UGUACACCAACAAGUCAACGACCACCUGCUGCAUCACCAUCACAACAACAUUGAAACUAACAAAGACGAUGCCGGUCGACUACAGCAAGUGGGACGCUCUCGAGCUCAGCGACGACAGCGACAUCGAAGUCCACCCCAACGUCGACAAGCGAUCGUUCAUUCGAGCCAAACAGAACCAGAUCCACCAACAGCGAAUCGACCGAAAGUUUCGAAUAACGACGUUGAAAUACGAGCGUGUGGUGAAUGAUGGCCUGUUAUUGCGCAUCGACGCGCUGCUCAAAGCCCUCAACAGCCACACCGCCGAGGUCCAGGACAAGAAGGAUGCUGAAGGCAUCGACGAGGUCGUAUUCGACUGCUUGAUGGAGCUCACUAGCGACACAAGUCUCGGCCCGGAUCAGCCCUCAAAUCCACCUCCGGGCGUGCAUUCGAAAGAGCAGCAGCCAACCUACAGCAAGAUGAUGGGCGCUCUGGUGGAUCAAGUCAAGUCGGAGAUUGACAAGACAGGUGCAGUGGGACCUGCGAGAUAUACGGCGUUUAUCAAAGAAGUCGAGAGUCACAACAAGAAGGUUCAAGGACUGCAGAAGGAUCUGAACGUCGAGCUCGCAAAGCUGGAGAAGGAAGAAGGUAGCAAAAUCACGAGUGAAUCAAUACACACCGGAUUCGACACUUCCCACGUCGCCAAGGCACAACCCGCUGAGCCACAAGCAACAGUCACGAAGACAUCCAAGCAACCACAACUCCUGAAUCCAGGGAGAGUACAACAGAUUGGAGGUCCAUCCUCGGGCUACGAAGCAGGCGUAGAAGACGAUGCUCUGAAUCCUGCGCCAGGUGAGGAUGAGGACGACAUUGAGGAGGCAGCACCCAUUGCGAAGAAAUUCGGCUCGAUCGCGUACGGUGAUUACAAAACCAGCUUGAACUUUAUUGGCUCAAACCCCGGCAUCAUGUCAGACAAGCACACCGAUGGCCUCUUGGUAGAAGCAUUCACAGCACAGCAAAACGCAAAAUCGAAAAAGGAGGAAGACUAUGCUCGGCAAUGUGUGCACCAAGCACUCCUUCUGCAGUACUGUCGUCAGCUAGGCAAAGAUGGCGUGGGUCUUUUCUUCCAGCGCGUACAAACGCCCAAUCACCAAGCGCGGAAGCUCUUUCUAGAUGAUGUCAACUCCACUUAUGCACGUAUUCGCUCGCGAACCGCUGAGUUGGCGAAACAGCAGGCAGAGGAAGACAAUGGCGACAAGGAGCAGAUUCAGCUGCAUGCUGUGGACCCGAACACCACGAUCAACAUUGUCACGCCACCUCCCCUUGACCAAUGCCAGAGUGAAGAUGAGAAGACGGCGCGAAGUAUCUUUGACACCUUUCCACCUGGUCUACAGAGAGCGCUGGAGACGGGUAGUCUGGACAAGGUCAAUGAAGUGCUUGGGAAGAUGAGUGUUCAGGAAGCUGAAGAGGUUGUGGAGCAGCUGGGUAACGGUGGCAUGUUGAGCUUAGAAGAGGGCGUGUACGACGCCACUACUGAUGAAGGGAAGAAAGCCAUCGAAGAACUUGAGAAAAAGCAUAGAACUUCCGCGCAAGAGGAGAAGCAGGAAAGGGUCGUGGAGGUCGAUGACAUGGAUUGAGUGAUUUCACAGUCCUCGCUUUCUACAGCUGUGACUCCUUUAAUGAGCCAUGUAGGUGUUAAGCAUGGAAAAAUGCUGCCAGGCGUAGCUAUCACUGCAUCGACAUAAAUAUUGCUAGCUAGUACGUGUGAUGGUCAUUAUCACACCACAAACACCACCCAAAAGUUUACUCCGCAGCCAGCUCAUUCAACCUUUCACUUUUGUGCGAGAUAGACUCUUUUGAGAGGCUGAAUUAC